CAGCAGUAGUACGAGAGUAGGUCAAGGGUUGAUAAUAAUAAAUAUCUCAGAUGUGCAGGUAAGAGACCCGAUACUAACAACUACGCCCCCAUCUUCCUGUCAUCAAGUCACAUACGGUGCUGCGUUGGAAGAACGGCAUCACAAAUAUGGAUCGAUUCGUAGAGCGCCCAUCUGAACGACGGAUCGCUUUAAGACUAUUGUCCUCGCAGCGCCGCACUGCAUGGUCAGACGAAGAUUGGUCGGGUAUUACCGAUCCCAAAACACGCCGCAGGCUUCAAAAUCGCAUAAACCAGAGGGCUCGACGUCUACAAAAUACAAAACCGCAAGCCCAUUCGAGGGACAGAAAAAAUAAAGAGUGCCACGAUUCUCCUUCCAAUGAACAGCAUGAGUCAACCACACUUGCGAUUGCUCCUGCAAAUAACGACCAAACAACACCUAAUACCAUUACUGACCCCGCCCCUCUCGAGGAGAUCAAGGAUGUAUGCAUACUGGAAUCUGAUUCCCCGCCAGCAACAAGAAGAAUGGCCAGAUUAGAAAGAAUGGCUCUUCAAUACUACACGAUGGGCUCCCUGCGAACCGAUCUCCUACUGAACCUGAUUCAACUCAAUUUCACCAGAGCCCUGAUUGAAAAUCGAAGAAUCCUCGGCCUGAACUCCGAUCAGCUCCAUGACGAUGCCAUCUCACCUUUCAACACUGCUGGUCCAUGGCAAGAUGACUCUCUCUCUACCCUUCCAACAAGUCUCCAACCGACUGCAAUCCAGCGCUCUAUCCCCCAUCACCCCUGGUCGGACCUACUCCCUGUUCCCCAAAUGAGAGAUAAUCUGAUCCUUGCUGGAGAAUUCGAGGAAGAGAUACAACUUUGUCUGGAUAUGAAGGGAAAUGGAAGCACGCGAUCAGGCAUCAUUGUUUGGGGUGAUCCUUGGGAUCCGGCCGGGUGGGAGGUGACGGAGUCUUUUGCUCGCUCUUGGGGCUGGGUUCUUAGGAGUUGUUAUGAUUUGGCUUAUUCUACGAAUCGGUGGCGGGCGAAACGGAAUGAAAAACCGCUAUUUCGUAUGUGAUUUGAUUCAGGCGGUUUAUUUUAAAUAACAUUAGAUAGAAUGUCUUGCUAUCCAGCCCGUGCGGGUGAUUAUCCGUGGUCAACAUCCGUCAUAUCCAGGGAAACAAGUCAUGACUUGUUUCUUAACUCUUCCGAACUAU